AUGGCGUUUGACAGUCAUAAUGACUGUAAUGAUUGGAUUAUUGACACUAGAGCAUCGUUUCAUAUGACACCUCAUAGGGAGUGGUUCUGCACCUAUGAAUCGUAUUCUGGCGGUACAGUUAGAAUGGGAGAUGACACGACUCAUGCAAUUGUGGGGCGUGGGAAGGUAAAGCUGAAGAUGAGUGACGGGACAGUCAAGAAUCUACCGGGUGUGAUGCAUAUUCCGGGGCUUACCAUAAAUCUGAUCUCCGUUGGUAGUAUGGCAGAUGCUGGUAGAAAAGAGACGUUAGGUAACUUUUCUACUUACUGGUUGAAAAUACCCCAGGAGGAUUGCACAGUUGUGGUUCAUUUCUCUGCUUACUGGUGCAUGCCUUCUAUAGCUAUGAAUCCUUUCUUCAAAGAACUGGCCUCCACCUAUCAAGAUGUUCUUUUUCUAAACGUGGAUGUGGAUGAAGUUAAGGAAGUUGCCUCCAACUUGGAAAUCAAAGCCAUGCCUACCUUUUUGUUGAUGAGUGGAGGAGCUCCAGUGGAUAAAACUGUGGGUGCAAAUCCUGAUGAGAUAAGGAAAAGGAUUGAUCGAUUGAUUCACCAAACUCAUUACUCCAAUUCAAUAUGACGCAUGAAAACAUUGAAAAGAGUUUGCCAUAGCUGUAAAUAAUGGGCAAACAUUGAAAAGAUGAUGAGGACAGUGCAACUGCUACGAUGAUGAGGGAUUUGGGAGAGACUAAUUGGACAGAUGAUGAGCUGAACACCCCAACUACUUGAUGACUCCAUUUAAUUUUUUUUUUUUUUUUGAUAACAGACUCCAUUUAAUUUUCAGUGCAACUGCUAUGUGUUGUUAGAAAUUGAUGUAAGUUACUUUUGUUGUAUAAGC